AUGCAGUGGACGGAUGAACUCAAUGCGCUGCUAAAUCAAUGCGUUUUUGCUUGCAGCUACGAUUUUAAAGUAUCGUGUGAUCUCUUUUGCCAACAGGUUGCUAAGCUGCGACUAUGGCAUGGCAAUGAGGCAUUGGAAUUAACAGCAAAUCAAUGUCAAGAGCAGUGGAUGGUCUUAAAUCCAGUGGAAGAAGACGAAGAUGGUGAAGAGAGUAGAAAUGAGGAGAUAGAAAAAGAUAAGAGCGUUAACGACACUCAAAAUGAAGGCCCUCGACUGGAGCUAUUGUUGUCGGAUGCUGAAUUGGAUGAGCUUUUGAUGGCUCUUCCACGUCAUGAAGAACAGGAUCGAGUUCUUCCUUCUUCAGCUUCUGAUGUGAAGGAUAGAAAAUCAAGCGAAAUGCAAUGGGUGUUGGCGUUUUUAACAGAUCCGGACGCGAUCGAUACUGUGGACAUUGAAGCCAAAUAUUUUAUUGGGAGUCGUGAACAUCACAACGACGACAACUAUCAGAAUUUUCUGCAGGAUCUUCACAAAGCAAAUUUACUGGUGCCUCCUCCACCAAUCACUGCGGUUGAUCGACGUUGUAAUCAACAGCUUCAUUCCAACGUUGUUGUUGCUCAAAAUGAGAAUCAAGAUGGCGGUGAAGACCAAGAAGAAUGGGAAUGCACUCGUCAUGCCAUAAAACACCUAAAGAAAUUCUGCUAA